CCUCACGCUUCUUUAUGUAAUAAAGACUAGUAGCACACGAGUGUGUCUUCACCGAUCAUCAGUAGCUGAUCGAUCGUUCUAGCGGUUGGACGGUUGGUCCGCUUAAGCCACGGCUAAACGACGAUUUACAGCGUAACGGCUUAAUUACCUGCAAGACACUCUUCGUGGAGGCUAGAGUGUGUGUAUGUGAGAAGUAGUUCAGUGCAGAUUUUCAAAGUGUCGGAAAAUGUCUCUCAAACCGUUUGAUAUUGAGGUGGAUCCACCAGGCGAAGAUCUGAUGGAGAUUGCUCGCCGGGAACUAAGGGAAACUCCGGAAAUUCGUACUUCCGCUGUAGAGGAGUUAAGAACCCUCCUGAAGGAAGCCAAGGAUAUGCACUUCAGCGAGGAGGAAGAGUUCCUGCUAAUCUUCCUACGUCCCUGCCACUUUUACGCCGAAAGUGCCCUUAAAAUGAUGCGUCGCAUUGCCGAGUUUAAGAAGUCUAACCAUCCGUUACUACACGCCCUGAAGCCGGAAGAGGAGAAGCUUGCGUUUAUCGACCAUAAUGUCGUAAACGUACUGAUCAACCGGGACCAAAAGGGUCGUCGUGUGCUAUUGGUAAACUGUGGAGCGGCCUGGGAUCCUAAAGCGGUUAGCUCGGAGCAACUGUUCCGUGUGUUCUUCCUGAUACAUCUCGUCGCACAGCUCGAACCGGCUACCCAAAUUAACGGAGUUGUGGUAGUGCUCGAUUUCGACGGACUCUCGCUUAAACAGGUCAAAGCGCUUUCGCCCUCCUUCUCAAGGCGGCUGAUUACGUUCAUUCAGGACGCGAUGCCGUUACGCCUGAAGGAGGUACACAUCCUCAAGCAGCCGUACAUCUUCAACAUGGUUUGGGCACUGUUCAAACCAUUCAUUCGCGAGAAGCUGAAGAGCCGCAUCUUCUUCCACGGCAUGGACAUGCGGAAGCUGCACAAACACAUCGAUCCGUGUGAUCUGCCGGCUAACUAUGGUGGUGAUCGACCACCGAUCAACUACGGUGGCAAGGAAUGGUAUCCUUGCGUGUACAACUACAUCGACCAUAUAAACCAGUGGAACACGUUCGGUUUUGUACCGAAUGUGCAGUGACUACUGGAGAGAGAGAGAGAGAGACAGAAAGACAAGAUGCAAUGACUAGGAGUAUAAGCUUGAUUAGUACCGACACCCUCCGAAUACAUUCGAAUAUUACUAGAAUUAGUGGCAGCUUUUUGACAGUUCUGCCAACUAUACUUAGAGCAUUUACUUACAAAACAAAGAUAUAAGGAUUCUAUGGGUAUAGCUUACUUAAGGCGUCUUUUAUUUCUCAAAAUCUCCAAUAAGAGAUCUUCUUCCAUGGCAACGACUUGCUCAAGUUCCACCAGUACAUCAGCGUAGAUCAACUACCGGCCGACUAUGGCGGGAAUUUGCCACCGAUAAACUAUACCGGCCAAGAUUGGU